UGGAACGAUCCUGCUCCUACAUAACGGGAACGCCAAGUUGCGCUCUUCAAUUCUUUCUCACUACAUAUUGACACUAUGGCUUCCCACGACGACGAACUCGCCGCCACGCAGACCGAGGGAUACAAGAUCGGCCAGGCCAAGACUGUCGCCGAGCUCGCGGCUCUCGACCAGGAGGACGAGUCACUGCAGCGCUGGAAGGCGUCGCUGGGCCUCACGGGCACGGUGGGGGGCGGGAAGAAGCGCAUCGUACCCAAGACGCUCUUCCUCACCUCGCCGACGCGCGCGCAGGACAUUGUCCUCGACCUCACCCAGCCGCACGAGGUGCUGGCCAAGCUCAAGAAGGAGCCUGUCACGAUCAAGGAGGGCGUCGAGUACUCUGUCGGCAUCACGUUUGUCGUCGAGAACGAGAUUGUGUCGGGCCUCCGGUUCAUCCAGGUCGUCAAGCGCGCCGGGGUGACGGUCGACAAGACGGAGGCGAUGCUCGGCAGCUAUGGCCCGCAGCCAACUCCGUAUCAGAAGAUUUUCGCUUCCGAGGAGUCGCCGUCGGGUAUGCUGGCGCGCUCGGGGUCGUAUGCGGUGCGGACGCGCAUUGUGGACGACGACGGCAACAAGUGGCUCGACGACUUUGAGUGGAGCUUCAAGCUUGGCAAAGAGUGGUAGGGUGAUGGGGGUGAGGGGGUAGGGAGGAGACAUUAGUUCUAGUGACAUGCAUGGACGCGAUUGUAUCAA